GGCUCUGUGUAGUGUGUGUUCGUCAAAAUGCAAUCACAAUGUCGUUUAAGAGCAUACAUGUAUUCCAUGGUUGAAGAAAUACUGCUUAAUCUUAUGUCGCAACUGGCCGUAGUUGUCCAUCAUGUAGCCACAGUUAGGUCCCGCAAGAGGAAACGUAGUUCAACGGUUGAACCCUUUGCUUUGAUACAGCGUAUGCCUGAUCAAAUUAAGCACUUAGAUAGGAUGAUAAAUUUUAGUGAUGUUGACUGCAUAGUUAAUUUAAGAAUGGAUCGCAACACAUUCGGUCGGUUGUGCCAAUUGUUACGGCAACUGGCAGGCAUGAGGAAUGGCAGGUUCGUUACCGUAGAGGAACAAGUAGCCAUGUUCCUGUCGGUCCUAGCCCAUCAUAAAAAAAACCGCGUGGUUAGGUUCAAUUUUUGGCGUUCCGGGCAGACGGUAUCACACUACGUACACGUUGUCUUGAAAGCUAUCUUGUCUUUACACGUGCUACUUCUCGUUAAACCAAAGCCGGUCGAUGAAGAGUGCAUAGAUUCUAGAUGGGGAUGGUUUAAGGGCUGCUUAGGGGCACUGGAUGACACCUACAUCGAUGUUAUGGUGCCAAACAAGGAUAAACCGCGAUAUAGAACCCAGAAGGGACAGAUUGCAACUAACACAUUGGCGGUGUGCGAUCAACACCUACAGUUUGUGUAUGUUCUCCCUGGAUGGAAAGGUUCCGCCGCGGAUUCUAGAGUCUUGCGCGAUGCACUCACGAGGGUUCAUGGGUUCAGAGUACCUAAGGGCAAUUACUACCUGUGCGAUAACGGCUACGCAAAUUGUGAAGGCUUUUUGGCACCGUACAAAAGCGUUAGAUAUCAUCUCAAAGAAUGGGGUGCUCUUGCUGCUAGACCACAAAACGCCCGAGAACUUUUCAAUUUGCGCCAUGCAAAGGCACGUAACGCAAAAUCGACCACAAGCUUGCAAAUGGUGAGGGCACAAAAAGAGGAUUAUUCACAGAAUAAGGAGAAAUCUAUAAAGACGACCCAACAACUACCGAUAGACGAAAAAUCCCUACCCGAUAAGCAGCGACAAGUGCCCAAAAUCCCUACCCCGAUAAGCAGCGACAAAUGCCCCGUUGCAGAUUCUUCUUCUCUGUUAUUCAACUUGGCGCCGAGGUCUGUGUUGCCUCCAUGA